UUUUAUUUUGAAAUGCGCUGUUUAGCUCUUUCUGUUUCCGGAAUCAAUGGCGCCCGAGGUGCUGCUGUUCUUCUCCUCGGUGGAAAGAAGCAGCUGUGAACUCAAACAUGUCGUCGGAGUUUUACUCAGAAACUCAGUCCAUCAUGGAGACGGUCACGAAGACGGCAGCGGAAGUGACCGGACACUUAAAGAAAGACGCUUCCGGGCGUGAGUCAGACAGAAUCCUGGAAAUGUUGGCACGAGAGGCAACGAGAAAGAUCAGCGCCAUCUUCUCCCAACUGACCUCAGUGCUUCACAACGAGAACAAGACCCUGCACGCCACCAUGGGACGGCUGGAGAGCGAGCUGACGGCCAUGACAGAAAACUUUGAGAACGCCAGGAAGUGGAGAGAGAACGUCCUUAACGGCUGCCCGGUGCUGUUUGAGCAGAGUGGGCAGAUUUUCACCUUGAAGCCGUUUGGGACGUUAAAAAGAAAAGGAGACGAGGUGAUGGAGGGAGUCACAGAAUCAUCGCCUGCUGCUGAGACGCUCAGUGAAAACAAUGCAGACGCUGCAGAGGAACGUUCCACAGUGAAUAAAAAUACUGACACACAGGAAGCAGAAGUCAAGAAGAAAGGGAGGAUGUUCGUGUGCGACGUCUGUGACAAGAGCUUCAGCCGGCAGUUUCAUCUGAUGAAGCACAUGAACACUCACAAAGACCAGAGGCCUUUCGCCUGCAACCAGUGUCCCAGAAAGUUCAGGAACACGGCAACGUUUGAGUUCCACCUGCUGCGCCAUGAGGAGAAGAAGUACGCUGCCUUCCAGUGCCACAUCUGUGAGAGGACGUUCAAAACGAAGAUGCACUUGAAGACCCACCAGCUUGUGCACACAGACAAGAGGCCGUUCAUCUGCUCCACCUGUGGGAAGGGCUUCAAAACCAAACACAACCUGCAGGCUCAUCUGCUCGUCCACACCACGGAGAAGCCGCACAAGUGUUCAGAUUGUGGGCAGAGUUUCAGAUACGCCUUCACCCUGCAGUGUCAUAAAAGUAUUCAUACCGGAGAGAAUCCUUACAAAUGCACAGAGUGUGGGAAGGCUUUUAUAAAGAGGAGGUCGCUGAGGACGCACCAGUUCGUCCACAGAGGGAAACGCUUCACGUGUGAGACAUGUGGAGCGGGUUUCACUCUCCAGCACAACCUGAAGAGACACAUCCGAAUUCACACUGGAGAAAAACCGUUCACAUGUAAAGUCUGCAGCAAAAGUUUCAUUCAGGACAACAAACUGAAAGCGCACAUGCUUCUUCAUGGCGCCUCAAAGUCGUUCAUGUGUGACCUGUGCGGAAAGACGUUUCUGUACAACUGUCAGCUGCAGAAACACCAGAGAGCGACUCAUGAUGAGAGACACGGGCUGGUCCUUCGGAGACGGACGCGGGAACGAAGAAAUCGCACAGUUAUCUAUCGACGGGACAGGACCACAGUGGACGUGACACCGUUCAGCUGCAAGACCUGCAGGAAGAGCUUCGACACGGCGAGCUCGCUGAAGACACAUGAGCUGAUCCACACCGGUCGCACACAGUACAGCUGCCACACAUGUGGGAAGUCCUUUUUCUACAAAGCCACGUAUGACUACCACCAGCGGAUUCACUCAGGAGAUCGGCCGUUCGGUUGUGACAUAUGUGGGAAGAGGUUCAUCAUCCGUCAGGCUCUCAAGUCCCACGAACUGCAACACACGGGAGAGAAGCCACAUAAGUGUGACCAGUGCGGCAAGGCCUUCCGGAUCUACACCAACUUCCUCCGACACUUACGGAUCCACACGGGGGAGAAGCCGUACGAGUGUGAGGUGUGUGGAGUGAGGUUCAGGCAGCUCGGACACGUCAAGUUUCACAUGCAGGUCCACACGGGAGAGAGGCCGUAUUACUGCAGCAGCUGUGGACUCGGAUUUUCAGAUUCAAGGCUCCUGAAGAAACAUAACUGUGGUGAGAAGUAUCAGAAAACGUCAGAGAACACACUCACAGCGAAGAAGGUGUUGCCCGGUGUUGUGAGCGGUCCGAGUUUAUUUUGUGUUCUUAUCGACGACUCGGAUCCUCAGAACCUCAGAACCUCCCGGUCCCGUCAGAGUCCACAGGCCCGACAGACCCGCUGCAGCCGAGCCGCCAUGUCGGACCCGGAGCCGCGGCUGGACUCCAUUUUGGAGAUAAUGGUCAAUGCGACUGUGACAGAAAUGAGGAAAGUUACGGAUGAGAGCAGUGACGUCUGCUCGGAGGAGAAGGUGAUCCAGUUCGGUGUCUUCAUGACGUCUCUGGCUCGAGAGGCUGUAGAGAAGAUCUGUCAACUUUUCCACGAAUGUUCGUCCCUGCUGCGUUCGGAGGUGUCACAGGGCGUGGCUGAGAUCGAGGACCUGAGGCGUAGGCUGGAGGAGACGGAGCUGAAGCUGGUGUUGGAGGGCAGCAGAGGCCAAAAGGAGGUGGAGGAGCUGAAUGAGGGGGGCGAUGGAGAGAAGGAGGGCAGGAGGACACCGAACAACGGAGCAGAAGGAGAAACGGUGCAGACGAGCCACCGCUCGGGGAGAAAGAGACGCAGAGCCGUGACGACUUGUGAGCCCGGAGUGAAAAGGUCUCCGAUUCUUCACCUGUGGAAAGGCAGAACGUACGAGGACAGCGUCCAGCCGGUUAUAAUAAAAGAGGAAGGAUUGGAAGUGUUCACUGGCCAGACGUCUCCAGAUUCUGCUAAGUGUGUCGAGGAAGCAGGACCGAACGAUGACGAUGAUCCAGACUACCAGUUGGACCCAGAAGAUCUGGAGGAAGGUGAGCCAGGAUUCACCACAAGACCAAAACGUGUCCUCAAGCCCAAGUUCCAACGAGGUCGAGCAAAUAAAGAGAGUCAGAGCUCGAACCAGCUGAGCUGCAGACUCUGCAGGAAAACCUUCACCAAGCUGCUGCAGCUCAAAGCUCACCAGGCCGUCCACGGGGCCAACGCAGAGAAACCCUUCCACUGCUCUCAGUGUGGCCGAGGCUUUUCAAUCCAGCGCAGCCUCAACGCACACACGCUGCUCCACACAGGUGAGAGACCACACACCUGUGAUGUUUGUGGGAAGGGUUUCACCCUGAAGCAGGUGCUGAGGAACCACCAGCGACUCCACGCUGAGGUCAGGCCGUUUCCCUGUGAACAGUGCGGGAAGAGCUUCUACCGAGCCCACGGCCUGAAGAUGCACCAGAUGGUUCACAGAGGAGAGCGGCCCUACAUAUGUCAGUACUGCAACAAGAGCUUCACAAUACAAGGUAACCUGCAGAGACACCUGCGUAUACACACGGGGGAAAAGCCGUUCAGGUGCGACACUUGUGGCAAAAGCUUCAACCAGGGCGACACUCUGAAAAACCACCAGCGGAUACACACCGGUGAGCGUCCCUUCAGCUGCGACACCUGCGGCAAGUGCUUCAUCCAGAAGAGUGCCUUGAAGAUGCACCAGCAGACCUCCCACUCGGGGGAGAACUCCCUGGCCUGCGUGGCCUGCGGCAUGACAGUGGCCUGUGUGGACUCGCUACGCAAACACCUCCAGACGCAUGCAGCAACGAUUCCAUGCACUUGUGUGCUCUGCGGCCGGCGUCUGAGCUCCAUCACAGACCUGCGCUCGCACCAGCAGCACCACACCGUGGACCGGCCUCACAGCUGUGGGCUCUGUGGGAAGAGUUUCAAGUCGUCCAGUUACCUGAAGAUUCACAUGAAGACGCACAGCGGGGAGAAGCCGUUCUCCUGCGACAUCUGUGGUCGUAUGUUUACACAGCACAGCAGCCUUAAAUCACAUCAGGUGGUCCACACCGGAGAAAAGCCGUUCAGCUGCGACACAUGUGGGAAAUGUUUCAGCAACACAGGCAACCUGAACCGACACCAGCGUAUCCACACGGGCGAGAAGCCGUUCAGCUGUGACACGUGUGGACGCAGCUUCAACCAGGGCAACAGCCUGAAAGCCCACCUGCAGAUCCACACCGGGGAGAAACAGUUCAUGUGCGACAAGUGUGGGAAGAGCUUCUCCUACCUAAGGAACCUCAAGGACCACAAGUGUUUCUACGUCUGAUGGAGGAGACGCCGGCCCUGGUUGUGGAGCUGAUGGCGUAAACUUCCUUUUGACUGAUAAACAAGUGGAUGGAUGAUUGAGGGGGAAACUGAAUGAUUUUGGUGUGAUUUUCAGAUUUGAUUUGGUUUUGUCCUCAAGGAAAGUGAUGUGGACAUUGUAGUGAGGAGCUCAGACACAGACUUUAUAUAAAGAUGUGACUGCUCCCAAAAGUGAAGCCAAAUCCUCUUGAUCACCUCCUGGUGGCUGGCUCCCACACAUGAUCGUUUCAGGUGUUUCUUUUCACACGGAUGUGUAAGUCUAACAUUUUCAGUAAAACAUGAUGAUUGACAGCUGAGCUGACCCAAGAUCUUGAUACCGUAGCUCCACACGAUGCCUCCAGCUCCAAACUGUCACAAACACAACAAGGAGGAAUCUGUACUCGUCACCUUUUAGCUCCAUUUCUGUGCAAAUGGAGGAAGUGGAGACAUGUCGUCCAUCUUCAUUUACAGUCUAUGAUUGAGAAGAGUGAAGAAAUAAACGAACAGAUCCUUAUUUAAAGUGGACAGUGUGUGUAGUCCACGAUAUUAUUUUUAAAGUUAAAAACUUUUUGAGUUGAGAUACUGAAAAACCAAGAUAUAAAAGCAACAUAUACAUGGAAACAUACACAUAAUAAUCCUAAAAUCAUCGAAUGAAAUGCUGAUAACCCACAAGAGUUUGUUUUAAAGGGAUAGGUCACCCUGAAGAUUAACUGUCUUUUUAAAUUAAACUAACCACUUAUUUCUGUACAGAGUAGAAGAAUUAAUUUUAAUUUUAUAUUUAUUAUUUUUGUACCAAUAUCUAAUAUAAUUUAUAAGCUCUUAUUUUUUUAGGGAUGAAUUUGUUGUCCACAGGAUCUUAAUCUUAAAUCCCAGAGUUCAUUGUGGCGAAUGGAUUUAGAAAUAUGUUUUAACGAUUUCAGUGACCUGGUUGGCUUGAGUGGAGUUAGCAUGAACAAACAACAUUUUAUUGCAUUUAACUUUUUUUCCAGGAGGCUGAACUAUUUAAACCACCAUAAUUCAAUCAGUCUAAAUAACAAAGUUUUAACCAACUUCAAGAUCUGUCUUUUUUAAAUUCUCAAUAAAAACAAAAUCAGAUGAUAAAUCCUUUUUAUUGUGAAGGAAAUGUGCCGACUGAGAAAGUACAAAAUCAGAUAACAAAACAUCUAACUUCUCCUGGGGAGUGUGUAUUCGUCAGCUUUGUGAAUGUAACUCAAAUUGAUAAACUCUGAAAUUGAAAA